UUGGGGUGAAUUCUUCUUGCAGUGCAAGUAAUACAAAACUAACAAGAUAAAGCUUGGGAAACACGUAUAAAUAGGAGGUCCCCCCAUGCGUGUCCCUACUUAGAAAUCAAUGAUAUCCUAACCUGCAAUAUGUCCUAACCCUCUCCCUCUCACAUAUAUACAUACAAGCGCAUUACGUAUUGCACUCGAUCUGACGUCAGAGAUGGUUUUAAGUGUCAACCAGACUAUAUAAUACAUUGCCGUAGAUUUUCAGCCCUCUGUGGUGCAAUUGUUGCUAAAUUCAGAAGGCAUGGGCCACAGGAUUUAAGGAAUUUGCUUUCCCUCCCAAAAGCGGAUAAACAAAACAAACAGGAUAGAUUAAUGAGCCCCUUAACGAAGGUUGCUUUCUUUCAACCAUAAUAUUCUCCAGCGAUAUGCUAACUCUGCUCUCAUUCUUAUUCUCAAGGACACCCUUAAACUUUUGGCUACCAUUUCCCUAUAAGAACCUCUAGAAUCCAAAAGACUGGCACCUUUCCCGCUAGCAUUGCCCUUAUAGCAUGGAGCCCUCGGAUAUUCCGUUUAGUUCUAAUCCCUCAGCUUGUUCGUCUUCCCAUGAUAAUAUCUACAACGAGCUCCUCAAUCUAUUUCCAGACACUCGCCCAAAUUCCCUCGAGCCACUACCACUGCCGAGCAGCUUGCUGUGCUCACCAAAAGCAGUGCCACUGGAAGGAAAUACAAAAGCAUCCAAUGAAGAUACUGGGGAUGUCACCGUGACCUUAUGCAUUGGUCUUCCUGAUAAUAAGGAUGGUUCCAAGAAUGCAGUUGAUAAAAGAGAUUCAGAUAUAGCGGCUACCCAGUACUGGAUACCCACACCUGCACAAAUACUCAUUGGCUUCACCCACUUUUCGUGCCACAUCUGCAACAAAACUUUCAACCGCUACAACAAUCUCCAGAUGCAUAUGUGGGGUCAUGGAUCACAGUAUCGUAAAGGACCCGAAUCAUUGAAAGGAACCCAACCACGAGCUGUUCUAAGCAUCCCAUGCUACUGUUGCACGCAAGGGUGCAAAAACAACAUAGACCACCCAAGGGCAAAGCCGCUGAAGGAUUUCCGAACCUUGCAGACGCAUUACAAGAGGAAGCAUGGUAUGAAGCCUUUCAUGUGUCGGAAAUGUGGAAAGUGCUUGGCUGUGAAAGGUGACUGGCGAACUCACGAGAAGAAUUGCGGCAAGCGUUGGCUUUGCGCGUGUGGUUCGGACUUCAAACACAAGAGAUCACUCAAAGACCACAUUAAAGCAUUUGGAUCUGGUCACGGCCCAUUUCCUCCUCCAUUUGAAGGAGUCCAGCUCCGAGAGGAUGCUGUGCCUUUUCCGUUUGUUUAAUCUAAUUGCCCUGAGACGAUUAGUUGAUUUUCGUUAAUUGAGUUUAAAUGCAUCAUUUGGGUUGCAAGUUUUAUCAGAAAAAGAAAGAAAAGAAUUGAAUAGAUUUUGAAAGUUUCCACUCCAUUCUCUUGUAUUGGGCUAUGCAGAUGCCAAGUAUCUUGUAUUGGGCUUCAAGCACAGUUUAUUAAAACAAUUGAGUAAU